ACCGUAUGACAUCUUCUGAUUGGGGAAAUCCCCAACCGACUCUAUAUAUACCGUAUAAAAUUUCUGACUGAGACACAACAUUGUUCUGUUCUGGUAAAUUCACCUCAAAAAUAAAAGAAUGAUGUUUUCCAUUCCUUUAAUGCUUUUCAUGUCAAUACCACAAGUCAGAACGGGGUCCUUGUUAACCGGUACGUAUGAUCCGAACUCUACGGCUUUGAUCAAUGAAAGACGUGACAUCAAGAAAUCGACGUUCUUCGACAGAUCAUCAACCAGGAAACUCUCAUCCGUUUAGCCGUGGUCAAGGAUUUAAAGACAGUAGUGGACGACGUUAGUUUUUUGAGGCGAAACAUGGCGUCUACAGAAACGAUGUCCUCCUCUCUACAGCAGGCGUUAAAUACAUUGAAAGGCAGGUUGAUUCUCUCAGGCAGGACAAGACCGUAGCGCAGAAAGCAGAAAUAUUAAAAAGACAAGUUGAUACUCUUAGAAGAGAGAACAAAGUUUUAGCAGAGAAAAUAGAAAUUUUGGAAAGACAGGUUGAAAUAAAUAAGAGUAACGCUUUACAGCAGAGUGUAGAAACAUUGACAACACAGGUGAAUUCUUUGAGUCGGGAACAAAGAAGAGAAAACAAGAAGAUUGCACUGAAUUGCGUGAACAAGAUUCAAGAAACUGAGCAGAAGUUUAAUAGAAACAUCGCAAACCGUGAAGAAAGGUUCAAAAAUAAAGGAUUGUAAGGACCAUUAUCUACAAGGACAGACACAGUCUGGUGUUUAUGAAAUACAUCCCUUCAAUAACGAGACCCAGGUCAGCUUGUACUGUGAUAUGGAAACUGAAGGCGGAGGAUGGACAGCAAUCCAGAAACGGGUGAGUGGAUCCGAGAGUUUUUACAAAACGUGGAAGGAAUACAAAAAUGGGUUUGGAACCCCUAAAGACUCCCACUGGAUAGGGAAUGACGUCAUACACCAGCUUACCAAGGGAAGCAACUCAUCUCUCUACGUCUCUAUUACAUUAAGAAAUGGUCAAACUUUGUAUGAACUAUAUCACCAGUUUUCCAUUUCUGAUGAAACGGACAACUACAAACUUUUUCUUGGAGGGCCAGCUACCGGAAGCUUAGGUGACAGCAUGUUAAACACAGGAAAUUCUGGCGCUGAUCUGUCAGAGAUGUACUUCAGUACACCAGACAGAGAUAACGACAGAUGUGAAUGUAACUGUGCUGCUCUCAGUUAUGUUAGAGGAGGCUGGUGGUUUAACAACUGUCACUGGGCCUUCCUUAAUGGGCCAUGGUUGCUGGCAGAAUGGCACAAUCCUUGGUGGCCUACAGUAGAGAGUGGAUCAGCUAUAAGGGAGACCAUGAUGUUAAUCAAACGUCACUAGAUGAACAUUCAAAAUUGAGAGAUCAGGCCUCAAAUUGACGACGGUCACCAAUCAGUCAGAGAAAACAUUUCUGAUAAAAGAUCCUAUUUUAAAUUUAUAAUGGGAUUCUAUUCAUUCUUUUUUUUUAAUAAUGAUAUAUAUUAGGAGAGAAAACUUGUAAAGGAUUGUAUUUUGAGGGGGUUUUGUGGUUGAACUAUUUGCUGAAGCAAUAAAGUUUUAUUAAUUUUCCUUACCGAAUGUACCCAGUUAAAUCUGUGCAUAAUAUAUGUUGUAAUAAAUUGAAAAUUAGAAAUAUUCCGUUCUUAUUUACGACCACUGCCACAUGAAGAUGC